CCCUCACCCUGAGCAUUAAUCGCAGCCCCGCCGCCUCUCGCUCCGCCACGCCCGUUUCGGGCGGUGCCGCGCAUGCGCAGCGCGGGCGGGGCGGGGCGCUCUCGCUGCCGCGGUCACGGCCCGGCCGGUGCGCGGGGCCGAGCCCGGUGCGCUGGCUCCGCUGCUCGCAACGCCGUUCCUGGAGCUCCUGCUCCUCACCCGCGGGUACGGACAGGGAGCUCGGGGACAGCCGUGCCUGCUGCCGCCGCUGGCGGAGCCGCAGCCAUGGACGAGCAGAGCGUGGAGAGCAUUGCCGAGGUGUUCCGAUGUUUUAUUUGUAUGGAGAAGCUGCGGGAUGCCCGCCUGUGCCCCCACUGCUCCAAGCUCUGCUGUUUCAGCUGUAUCCGGCGUUGGCUGACUGAACAAAGAGCUCAGUGCCCUCAUUGUAGAGCCCCCCUGCAGCUCCGAGAGCUUGUCAACUGUCGCUGGGCAGAGGAGGUCACACAGCAGCUGGACACACUGCAGCUCUGCAGCCUCACAAAGCACGAAGAGAAUGAAAAGGACAAGUGUGAAAACCAUCAUGAGAAGCUCAGUGUUUUCUGCUGGACCUGCAAGAAGUGUAUCUGCCACCAGUGUGCACUUUGGGGAGGAAUGCAUGGGGGACAUACUUUUAAACCACUGGCAGAAAUCUACGAGCAGCACGUCACCAAAGUAAAUGAAGAAGUGGCAAAGCUGAGGAGAAGACUCAUGGAAUUGAUCAGCUUGGUGCAGGAAGUGGAGCGGAACGUGGAGGCCGUGCGCAGCGCCAAGGACGAGCGCGUGCGCGAGAUCCGCAACGCCGUGGAGAUGAUGAUCGCCCGCCUGGACACCCAGCUCAAGAACAAGCUCAUCACCCUCAUGGGUCAGAAGACAUCACUUACUCAAGAAACUGAACUUCUGGAAACCCUGCUUCAAGAAGUAGAACAUCAGUUACGGUCCUGCAGCAAGAGUGAGCUGAUAUCCAAAAGCUCAGAGAUCCUGAUGAUGUUCCAGCAGGUCCAUCGGAAGCCCAUGGCCUCCUUUGUCACCACUCCUGUCCCCCCAGACUUCACAAGUGAAUUGGUUCCAGCCUAUGACUCAACAACAUUUGUCUUGGAAAACUUCAGCACCCUGCGGCAGCGAGCGGAUCCUGUGUACAGCCCUCCCCUGCAGGUGUCAGGACUGUGCUGGAGAUUAAAAGUUUACCCGGAUGGAAAUGGAGUAGUUCGAGGCUACUACCUGUCAGUAUUCCUGGAGCUGUCUGCUGGAUUGCCAGAGACAUCCAAGUAUGAAUACCGUGUGGAAAUGGUUCACCAGUCCACCAAUGACCCCACCAAAAACAUCAUCCGGGAAUUUGCCUCUGAUUUUGAGGUUGGGGAGUGCUGGGGGUACAACCGCUUCUUCCGCCUGGACCUGCUGGCCAACGAGGGCUACCUGAACCGCCAGAACGACACCGUCAUCCUCAGGUUCCAAGUGCGCUCACCAACCUUCUUCCAGAAGUGCCGGGAUCAGCACUGGUACAUUGCUCAGCUGGAAGCAGCUCAGACAAGUUAUAUCCAGCAAAUAAAUAACCUGAAAGAAAGGCUCGCGAUUGAACUGUCCCGGACUCAGAAAUCCCGAGGGGUUUCCCCUCCAGACACUCACCUCAGUCCUCAGAAUGAUGAGGGCUCAGAGACAAGAGCAAAGAAACCUGGACAAAGCAUUGAAGCACUGCUUGAGAAUUUCACUGCUCCAGGAUUGGCACGGGAGAACAAGGAGGAGGACGAAGAGAAGACUCAGCAGGAAGACUUUAAUCACGAGCUCUCAGAUGGUGACCUGGAUAUAGAUCUUGCUGGAGAAGAUGAGGUGAACCACCUUGAUGGCAGCAGCUCUUCAGCAAGUUCAACAGCAACCAGUAACACUGAAGAGAAUGAUAUUGAUGAAGAAACUAUGUCUGGAGAGAAUGAUGUGGAAUACAGCAGUACUAUGGAGCUGGAAGAUGGAGAUCUCAUGGAGGAUGCAGCAGCUGCUGCUACUCCUGGAGCAUCAGGUACCAGCCACAGCUACAGCAGUGCCGGCGGCCGAGCCUCGCGGCGGGGAGCCGGCGCCCUGGGCUCCGCUGCCAGCAGCAGCCUGCUGGACAUAGACCCCCUCAUUCUCAUCCACCUCUUGGACCUCAAGGACAGAAAUGGCAUGGAAAACCUCUGGGGCCUUCAGCCACGUCCUCCUGCCUCCCUUCUGCAGAACAGAGCCUCAUCCUACUCCCUGAAGGAGCGAGAGCAGCGCAGGCACCAGGCCAUGUGGAGGGUGCCCCCAGACCUGAAGAUGCUGAAAAGACUCAAAACCCAGAUGGCAGAAGUUCGGAGCAAGAUGUCUGAUGUGAAGAACCAGCUGUCUGAAGUGAGGAGCAGCAAUGCUGGCUCAGGGGAGGGACAGCCCAGCUUCUUCUCCAUCGAGCAGGGGGCCCUGGCUGCCUGUGGCACUGACAGCUGCAGCAAGCUGCAGGAAAUUGGGAUGGAGCUGCUGACCAAGUCCUCAGUCACCAGCUGUUACAUAAGGAGCUCUGCCAGCAAGAAAAGUUCCUCAGCCAAGCCCCUUCGCUCGGGAGCUGCCGGGAGCCUGUCCCUGAGGAGAGCCAUGGACAGUGGGGACGGGAACCUGCGCCUGAAGGGGGACAGCAGCCACCCUGCUGAGGGAGGCCUGGGGAGCUCCAAGCUGAGUGCUCGGCCCCACGGCCGGGCCCUGGCCGGCCCCGAGGCGCUGCCCAAGCAGGAGGAGCCGCCCCGUGAGGGCUCAGACUCUGAGCUGGGAGCUGCUGCCUUGAAUGGCCUGGCUGCUGGAGAGAAGAACAGAAAAGUUGCUGCUCUGGGCUCGAACUCCAAGGGGUGUCGGGCAGAAGGAGCCCAGCCUGGUGUCCUGGAGAGCAGCUCAGAGCCCGGGGAGCUGCAGGGGCUGAGCUCUGAGGGAGCAGCAGCAGAGGAAGCUGGGCUGUGUCAGAAGCACGUCCUUCACCUCCUGCCAGGGAUGAGCAGUGACAGUGACAUCGAGUGUGACACGGAAAACGAGGAGCAGGAAGAUGCCACCUCCCCCUCAGAGGUGUUCAACCAGGCCUUCUCUGCCCAGCCCUCCAGUGAAGGGCACUCCUCAGUGGUACCAGACGGGGAUCAGGCCAGUUCUGAGGAUCUCAACUUUGUCCCUGCAGAUGACAGCACCAGCAGGUAGAGCGUGGGCUCAGGGCCUGAAGAUCCAUGGCUGCAUCCCUGGAGAGGUGUGUGAGCCCCUGGAGCUGUGCCAGGCUGUGCCCUCUCCACUCUGGGGUUCUUCUGCCAUUGUCUCACCCUGCCCCGGGGCACGAGGACCUUUGGGACCCUGGGGGGUGGCACUGCUGCUCCACCAGCCUCAGCUGCUCUGAGGAGUUGUGGGGAAGGUGCUGAGCCCCAGCCUGGGAUGAGAGUCCUGCUGUGCCACUGGAAUGAGCAGUGUGACUGUCCUUUGGAAUGCUGGGGUGGCUCCAGAGCUGGGGGAAAGCAGCCACCACUCCAAUUGUUUUCCCCAGUUGGUGACGUGGACCAACCACACCCAUUGCCAAACUCUGUUCAUUGCAUUUUGAGCUGCUGAAGUCCUGUGAAGCUCCUCUGAGAGCUGAUGCCUGGUUAGUGACAAAGCAUGAGCCCUGUCAGUGCUGCCUGGUGUUGUCCUCGUGUGGCUGCCUUGCCCUGUGUCCGUGUGAAUGUGCUCUACAACUCCUAGUUUAAAACUGUUUGCACUUUGUUAAUAAAAUGAAUGUUGAAAUCUGAA